AUGCUCACUGAUAUUUUCAAAAACAUAGUUGUGUCCUAUCAAAGGAACAACAGUCCCAGGAAGCGAACUGCUAGCAGUAUUGAUAGGAUAUGCGUAUUGGACUGGAUUCAUAAGGAAAAGAAAACGCAGCAAAAAUUCAUUGAGAAUCGCCUGGAGGAAAUAAGGGGAACAGAUGCUGAAUUCAGAUAUGUUUCAACGAUUGAUAAUCCCACAAACGGCUGUGAACUUUUCGCCCCCAAAAUAAAAGACUUUUUGAAGAAAAACAUAUGAAA